AUGUAUUGUGAUUACUACCUAGAAUUUGUGAAAUGGUGCUACAGGAUAACCACCGGCGUUGGACCACUAGUUAGUUUAGUACUACUGUUUAUAAUCUACAAAACAAGAAAAUCAGUACUGAAGGACUACCAAACUAUACUAGUACUGUAUUGUAUCCACGACUUGUUGUUUGAGAUUGUGUGCCUUUUGUCUUACUUGGUAAGUUAAAUUUGAAUUUUGUUUUCCGCGCUUUUUUUCAACCGGUCGGAUCAAUAUGAAACUUUUCCUAUUCUUGUAUAUGGAUUGGUGGUGAUAUUUCUAUUCUACCCUACCCUACCCUACCCUACCCUACCCUACCCUACCCUACCCUACCCUACCCUACCCUACCCUACCCUACCCUACCCUACCCUACCCCUACCCUACCCCUACCCUAUCCUACCCUACCCUACCCUACCCUACCCUACCUUACCAUACCCUACCCUUCUCACUAAUCAAGCCCUUACAGUAUACCAGGUUCUGUUAUAAUCUACUUUGCUCUACGCUACCUUGCUUUCUCUUGCUUUACCUUAUCCUACCGUUUUGAAUCCUAUUUUUUUAGCAAUCAAACAUAAAAGUAGACGUCCUAAUCAUUGGUACACGAUUUGGUGUAGAUCAACCGCAAUCUGUAGCAGUUAUGGCGGCAUUAUAUUUGUAUUCUAUGUACAUGCUAUUGUUUAUGUUAUUGGUUAGUUGUCACUGUCGGUAUAACGUUUUAAAAAAGUAAGACUUACUUCAAUACAAUUGUAUAUUUCGAUAUUGUAGUAUAUGUAUAUAUAAAAAUAGUAAAUAAUAUGUCUUUAAACCUUUUUUUGGUUUUUUUUUAAUUUUAAAAAAAUCUCUAUGAAAUAACUAUAAAAUGCUGUUCUAGUGUUCAUAAUACAAACAAAAAGCAAUGGAUAACAUCGUACGUGACCAUAAACGUAUUAUCUAUCUUGUCAGCUUUACUUACAAUAUAUGUGUUAUUAGAAGAGGGAAACGUCAUAACGAAAAAAUACAGAGAUGACAUUUGUUUUGGCGAAAGUACAAAAAAUUACCUUGAAAUUGAUACGGUACGUUUAAUUAGUAAGCAACACUUAUUGCUAGUAAGGCCGGGUAGAGUAGAGCUUAAUAUAUAGUAUGGUUUAGGAGUGGUGAAGCAUAACGCAUCACACACCCUAGUAUACGGUAGGUAGGUACACUACGGAUUGAAAUAGGAGACGGUUAGUAGGAAUUGAAAUAGGGUAACGUAAGAUGGGGAAAGUAGGAUAAAGUAGGGUAGGGUAGGGUAGGGUAGGGCAGGGUAGGGCAGGGUAGGGUAGGGUAGGGUAGGGUAGGGUAGGGUAGGGUAGGAUAGGGUAGGGUAGGGUAGGGUAGGGUAGGGUAGGGUAGGGUAGGGUAGGAUAGGGUAGGGUAGGGUAAGGUAGGGUAGGGUAGGGUAGGGUAGGGUAGGGUAGGGUAGGGUAGGGUAGGGUAGGGUAGGGUAGGGUAGGGUAGAGUAGGGUAGGGUAGGGUAGGGUAGGGUAGGGUAGGGUAGGGUAGGGUAGGGUAGGGUAGGGUAGGGUAGGGUAGGGCAGGAUAGGGUAGGGUAGGGUAAGGUAGGGUAGGGUAGGGUAGGGUAGGGUAGGGUAGAGUAGGGUAGGGUAGGGUAGGGUAGGGUAGGGUAGGGUAGGGUAGGGGAGGGUAGGGUAGGGUAGGGUAGGGUAGGGUAGGGUAGGGUAGGGUAGGGUAGGGUAGGGUAGGGUAGGGUAGGGUAAGGGUAGGGUAGGGUAGGGUAGGGUAGGAUAAUGUAAGGUAGCGUAGAUACUGGAUAGUGUUAGUCAGGGAACUAAAUGUUAGUUGUUAUUGGGUUCUAUUGUACAAUAAUUUCAUUUUUAGAAGAAGCUACGUGUAAGGCUAUUGAUAGGUAAAUGGCUACUAACACUGUUUAUUGUAUAUGGUAUUGCUGUGUGGUAUGGCGCAAAAACAUUGAAAUUGCUCAGUUCUAGUGCAGCAAAAUAUUCAACUAGAACUUUAACUACGCAAAGACAACUUACCAAAGUUAUUAUUAUUCAGGUAACAAUUUGUAUCAAAAACAAACAUAAAACACCUUAGCCUAUCCUACUGUACCCUAACCCACCCUACCCUACCUGAAAUUCAAACUUGUAUAUUGUAACUGUUCAACUUUAUAUCAACUCAAUAUAUUGAUUUCAGGGUCUAAUCCCAAUGAUAACAUCAGUAGGGCCAUUAAGUGUCACAUGUUUAUGUAUAAUCUUUGUAAUUGAUCCUAAAGGCAUGGAAGUGACUUUAUAUGGUUGUGUGUCAUGGAUCCCAGUCCUAAACGCCUUGUCUACAAUAGUUUUUAUCAAGCAGUACCGACAAUUCAUCGUCCGCAUUUGGCGGACAAAGAAAUUUAAUCAUAGUGUCACAUCGCGGACUAGUUAUCAAUAA